AUGGAGUCACUCCUCCCAAUACUCCCAACAACUGUAAUGCUUUCUAUAUAUCCACUUCUUUUAGUUCUUUGCAUUGCUCUAUGGAUGACAAGAUUUGGUCACAAAAACACAGCUAGUAAGAAAACAGUAGCACCCGAAACUACCGGUGCAUAUCCUUUGAUCGGUCACCUCCAUCUCUUAGGACGCUCUCAAUUGCCACACAUAACCUUAGGUUCUAUGGCUGACAAGAACGGGCCAAUCUUCACCAUAAAACUCAGGGUAAACCGAGCAUUGGUAGUAAGUGAUUGGGAGAUAGCUAAAGAAUGUUUCACCACCAACGACAUAUUCUUUGCCAACCGUCCCAAGUCUUUAGCAGCAGAGCUCUUGACCUACAACUAUGCCAUGUUUGGUUUUAGUCCUUACGGCCAUUACUGGCGCCAAGUACGAAAGAUAGUCAUGCUUGAGCUUCUCUCCAACCGCUCGCUUGAUUUGCUUGGACAUAUCCGAGUAUUAGAGAUAAGAACAUCUCUAAGAGAGGUAUACGACUUAUGCAUUAAGAAACAAAGUGCUUCAAAUGUGGUGAAGAUGGAGAUGAAGCAAUGGUUCGCGGAUUUAACCCUAAAUGUGAUGGUUAGGUUGCUUGUAGGGAGGCGUUAUUCACGUGACAAUGAAGAGGGGGCACGAGUUGGGAAGGCCAUCAGAGAGUUCUUUGAAUUGCUUGGGGCGUUUGUGGUAUCUGAUGUGUUCCCUCUUCUGAGGUGUUUGGAUUUAGGAGGGUACGAGAAGGCCAUGAAGAAGAUAGGAAAAGAAAUUGAUGAUAUAAUUGAAGGCUGGCUGCAGGAGCAUAAAAGAAAGGGAGAUUCUGGCAUGUUGAAGAGUGAUCAACAAGACUUCAUGGAUGUGAUACUAUCCCUUCUUGACAAUACUGAGGCCAAAGAACUUUUCGGUUUUGAUGCUGACACAAUCAAUAAAGCAACAUGUCUGGGAAUGCUAACAGCGGGCACUAGCACGACGACUGUGACGCUGACAUGGGCACUCUCAUUGCUCCUAAACAAUCGACAUGUUCUCAGAAAGGUCCAAGACGAGCUAUACAAGGCAAGAUCUACACUCUCAUAUCCUUACUCUACCACCAACACACUCAUUAUGGUUCGUACCAACCGUCCUCGCACCAAAAAUGGUCCCUCCUCCUCCUCUCGACCACGAACUGUUGAGCAUCCUCUAUCCCCAAAUAAUCAGGAUCCAAGUUAUGAUCCUGAUCUCGAUCUUCCUCUUCGUCAAAGGAGAAAACAUGAUGAUCCUCCCGCUCCACUUCCUAUUCUCGAGGCAAAUUAUCUUUCCCCAGCCAUGGAGGAAUUGUUCAAUACAAAGUUCCGCAACUGUGAAAUCACCCUAGUCUAUGAUGCUCUCAAGCUUAUGAGCUUUGAUCUGCGCAUCAAUUCUGAGAGUUUUCUUUUACCAUUGUUCAAACAUCUUUGUAAAGGUUGGCGUAACCCAGCAGAAGUCUAA